CUAAAAGAAGAGAAUGCCAGCUUGAGAAGCAAGAUCAAUAAGCUUCAGAUUUUCUCUGAAACUCAAGCAGACAAGAUGAGGAAGCUUGAGAAAAAGCUUGAAGAAAACAAAAUUAAAGAAGAAAAAGAAGCACAGGAUUUGGAAGCAAUGGUGCAGCACGUGGAACAAAAUCUCCAGCUGAUGACUAAACGGGCUGUUAAAGCAGAAAACAGUGCAACAAAACUGAAGCAGGAAAACGCACUACUUCAGGUUCAGCUGAAGAACUACAAGGCAGAGAACGAAGCCUUGAGGUUGGGCCAGUCGGCGAGUCUGGCCGCAGUGAAGCAGAACACGGACACGGCCUUGCAGAACCUUCUCACCGUGAUCUCGAACUCCCGCUCCUCGAUCCAGCAGCUGAUCUCUGGAGCAGAAUCGCUGCAGCUCGUCGCUGAUCUCCUGAAAUCCAUAGACAGGAUUUCUGAGACGUCAGAAGACAGUCCGUGA